AUGACCAGCAAGGAUUAUUACUUUGACUCUUAUGCUCAUUUCGAAGAAAUGUUAAAGGAUGAAACUAGAACUUUGACUUAUCGCAAUUCCAUGUAUCAGAAUAAGCAUUUAUUUCGUGGAAAAACGGUAUUGGACAUUGGUUGUGGGACCGGUAUUCUGUGUAUGUUUGCUGCUAAAGCAGGCGCCGCUAAAGUAAUUGGAAUUGAUUGUUCAGGAAUUAUUGAGCAAGCUGAGGCGAUAGUCAAAGCUAAUCGUCUGGAUCACGUUAUAACGUUAAUCAAGGGUAAAGUCGAAGAGAUCGAAUUACCAGUAGAUAAAGUUGAUAUCAUUGUUAGCGAAUGGAUGGGAUAUUGCCUUUUCUAUGAAUGCAUGUUAGAGACUGUAUUGUAUGCUAGAGAUAAGUGGUUGAAGCCUGGUGGAAUUUUGAUGCCAGAUAAAGCAUCACUGUAUAUAUGUGGUAUAGAAGAUAGAGAAUACAAAGAAGAGAAGAUCAAUUGGUGGGAUAGCGUGUAUGGAUUUGACAUGAGUUGCCUGCGAAAAGUUGCCCUAGCUGAACCUCUUGUAGAUUUUGUUGAUCAAAAACUUGUCGUUACGGAUUGCUGUCUGCUAACGGAAGUUGAUCUGAAUACAAUUACAACGGACGACUUAAAUAUUUCAUCCCAGUUUCAUCUAGUUUGUAAACGUAACGAUUAUCUUCAUGCGUUUGCAUGCUUUUUUGAUAUCGAAUUUACAAAAUGUCAUAAGCGAACCGGAUUCUCUACAGGCCCAUACAGUCAGUAUACGCACUGGAAGCAAACGGUGUUCUACUUUGAAGAUUAUUUAACCGUCCUUAAGAACGAGGAAAUAAAUGGCGUAUUUUCGUGCAAAUCUAAUAAGCGUAACAAGCGGGAUCUAGACUUUACCGUUGAACUUAACUUCAAUGGUCGGUUGUGCAAUCUUUCAACAAAGCAAAAUUAUAAAAUGAGAUAG